CGGGUUGCCAGACACCCAGGGAGCACUAGGGACGUUCGGCUUCUCUCGUCCCGUCGAGCUGCUUACAAGCGUUCGUCCUUUACAUUUGUUGCGUCUGGCUUCGCUCCUCCCCGCUUACUAGACUACCCGUGACCUCUCUCUCUCCCUCUGCCUCUCUCCGACGGACGGAGGGACGAGGCUUCGAGCUCACGACGGUCACCCUCCACCACACGUUGUCCUCUCCCCGAGAGAACUCUACAUCUCUCUUCUUCUGUCGUAGGAGACGAUUAUCGACAACCAACCGCCGAUCAAGGUCCACUCGAGCUUAUUGCUCCCACGCCUGUAAACGCCCCCUUUCUCCUCCUCCUCGCAUUCUAGCAUAUCUCUGUCCUCACCGGCAGAGAAGAGGGACGCAGUAGAGCGAAAGGGCCAGAGCUCCCACCAUCGCCGCUCCGCCAGUUCGCCAACGCCACAGUCGCCGCUCCUCCACUGGUCCAUCGUUCGUCAUCGCCACAUUGGAGCCCUUGUCCAUUUCUCAUCGGCAGGGAAGAGGGAUGCAGUAGGCGUGCGGGCCAGAGCUCCCACCGUCGCCGCCCCGCCUGUUCGCCAUCGCCACAGGUUUCUCUCUUGCUGUCGUUGUGUCCCUUUCAAAAACGCCCAAAAAUCUCCCACUGUCGCCACAGGCUAGUAGAGAUUUCUAGUUUGAGGGUCAUGUAAGAUUGGAGCACCUACAAGUGAAACAUAAAAAUGGCUGAAGGUAACAUGGACCUGGAAAUGCGUUGAAGAUGAGAGUGAUGAGAGGACAAACACACAGUUAUUGGACAAACUCAGAUGAAGAAAGGAAAUGAUUGUAAUUGUUGUAGUAUGAAUUUGUCAUACAACUUAUUGCAGUUCUGAAAAAAGUCCCCUAAUUUUUCUACCAUGUGCAUCAAACAAGGUUAAAUUUACCCGGUUAAAUUCUUCUUUGUGCAUCAAACAAGGUUAAAUUUAUUAGGUUAAAUUUUUCCUGUGCAUCAAACAUGACCUCAAAUCGGAAGAUGGUUAAAUUUCAUCCUGUAUUUUUUUUCAGAAAAAUUUACCGUGGUAAAUUUACCACGUUAAAUUCUUCCUUGUGCAUCAAACACACCCUUACUUACUCGAGGAAACCUGAAAAGGGAACCAUUAGUUUGUCAGUUUCCUAUCAACAAGAGGCAUGGCAUAAGGAUUGAGGUGAAUUCAUAGAGAACAACCAUUGGCUGAUGUUAAUUUAUGUAAAGAUUAAGAUAGUAUCAUCAUCUUCAAGAGUCACAUUAGAUAUGAAACAUCAAUUUCACCGGUCUUUUGCAGAGAUUUGGCAAUUGAAGGACCUGAAUAAAUGACUACCAAAUUUGGGUAGACUCAUUCAGCUGUGCAGUCUGGAUUCAUAGAAAUAGCUUGCUACAGUAUCCAACAAGCUGUCCCAUUCACAACAAAGAAAACUAGUUGCUGAAUUGCUAAUUCAGCUUGGAUAAGGAAUGCUAAUUGUUGACCCUGUUUCUCAGAGCAGCCAACUGGAAUUGGUUCUCAUCUCAACAGGUCUAUUUGAAAUGUUGCACCGAGUUUCUAAACUGCUAUUUCUCGGAGAUUAAACUGUUUAUGGGAGUAAAGAUAAAAUUUUACCAACUAGGGUCCUCCCAUUUGGUCUAGACCUCGACUAAAAAGAACAUUUGGUAACCCGCAGAACAGAAUAGCGGAGCAGGACCAGGGUGCAUGUCAUCCGUUUGUUGGAAAUCAAAUGUGGCCCCUCUUAGGGCCAGAUUUGUUCUUCUUGCUCUUGGGACGCCAAGAACAGGAUGUUAAGUUAAUGAAUCUCAACAGCUCUCUAUAAACGAAGUAUAUCUCAGUUGGCAUAGUGUGUAAAGCAAUUGCCAAUUGAGACAAGAAGAGAAAAUCCUUGGGAAGCAGGGUUUCAAAACAUUUUACGUCUUGAGAUAUGAAAAUCACUUCUAUGCAGGUUCACCAAAAACGGCCUUGUGGUUCAGAUAUUUUGGGUAAGUCCAUGCACUUGAGUGCAGACGACAAUCCCUUUUCUUCUUUUCUCUGGACAGGCAGGCUGCACUACGGGAACCCUGUGAGAUUAUGCUGACAGGUGCACACGCUGGGUGUUGAACAAUUGACCUUCUUCAACUUGGAGUGCUCUUUCUCUCUCUAUCUCUCUCUCCCUUUCUCUCUCACACACAUGUGUGCACACACACAAAUACAUGCCGUAACUUCUCUCUUUCUCUCACACGUGUGCAUGCACAUACAUACAUGCCAUAAGUCCAUAACCAACUCAACUGGACACGGCCUAACUUGUCCUGGUUAUGCCCUUUGGAAGAGUCCAAAAGACCAGGCCUUUUGCAGGGCUGAAUUAUGAACUAGACAGUAUCAGAUGGAUUUGUUUCUAAAGAAAGAAAGUUCCAAACAUAGGUGUAAACAUCCGAAAUCCAUUGAUAUGUUUCUGCAAGAUUCUCCCUUUAAAUAUUUUUAUGUCUACCCUGUUUCUUUUUAUGGGUAGUCUAUGGUUUUUUUUCCUUGUUCUGCCUUGUUUGUGAAAAUGAUUUUAAUUUCCUAAACAUUCACAAACUCUUAUUGACAUAUGUUUGGGAUUCGUCCCCUUCAACUUUUGAAGGUUUUCUAGUUUCAGGCAGAUAAAGGAUCAAAUGUUUGUUGGUCUUUUUCUUAAUGUGUUAAUUUCCCUCUCGGUCCUGUUGGGUACUAGAUUGCAAAACCAUCAGGGUGGUUAGAUCAUGAAGAUGCAGGUUGUCUGUUUGUAUUAGGAAAUUCUAAAUCAUUAAUUUGUGGAUCGCAUGACUGUGUUUGAUUUUGGAUGUGCAGAGGCAAGGUGAGGAUUUUAUGUUAACUUGGGACAUAUAAAGUUGGUCCCAGAGGGAAAACAUGGCCGACUUACCGGGAUACAUGUUAACCUGUCUCCAUUCACUUAGACUUGCUGGUUUGGCAAUCUUGGUUUCAGUUGGAAUUGUCUUGCAAGUGUUGGCAUGUGCUUUGUAUAAUAAUUGGUGGCCUAUGCUAACGGUGUUGAUGUACGUGAUGCUGCCUAUGCCCUGCUUGUUUUUCUUGGGAAGUGACAAUUCUAUCUUCUCUAGUGGGGGUGGGGGCUGGGUUGAUGCAGCCAAGUUUUUGACUGGAGCUUCUGCAGUUGGGAGCAUAGCUAUUCCUGCCAUUUUAAAGCAUGCAAAUGUCAUAGGCUGGGGAGCCCUGUUAAUGGAGAUCUCGUCAUUUUUUAUUUUUGGGUUUGCUAUAGUGUUCACCAUCCUAAUGAAUAGUGAAUCAGACUACAGCUCCUAUGGGAUGUUUUGAAGCAUGGGAACAGGCUAUCCUUUGUUCUUACAGUUGGUGUCUGGUAUUGAGUGUUUCUUUUUUCUUUUUUUAUUCUUUUUUUAUUCUUUUUUUACAUACUCAGUUUUUGUUCAUGCUACCAUGAUUUGGUCAGUUUCUAAUUUUUUUGAUUUCAAUAAUUUUUAUGUAACUGAAUCAACUGUAAAUCCUCUGUAAUUAACAUCCCGGGUUUGUUUUCA